CGUACUGACAGGGCGUCCCUUCCUGGAAGGGUGCCCUUCCAUCUCAAAGCCCCUCAUCAGUGUCAGGCCUCCUGUUACUAUCACUGACUGUCUCUCCAACCCUACUCCCCAAAAACCCAUAUUGUAAGUAGCCUAUAUGAAGAGAACUAAAUAAUCCUGCCUGUUACUCCCUUCCUCGGAGCCAGGGCUUUGCCAACUGUCUGAAGAAUCUUCUCUUCUGGAAGUGUAUCUAAAACAUUUUAAGAAGAGGUGUAGGAUGCAGGCUAUAAAUGAGAAGAGGGGGAGGUUCCUAGAAGGUGCCUGUCAGGGUAAGGACUUGGGUUUGUGACCUUCUUUUCAAUAGUUCAUACCCCAACUUUUGGCUCCUCCAGUCUGAUCCCAAGUUUAGAGAUCCUUAGGCAUCAGCCUACCUAGCAGUUCUUGCUACAUCCCUAGGAGAGUCCUAAGGCUCUCUGCUGCCCCCUUCUGUCACCCAAUCAGCCUGGGACCCACUACUCAAGUGGUGAGAAUCUGGGACUGCCAGGUGGGCCCGCCUUCAGUUAGGGACUGGCCCCAGGACCAGAAAGGACAACACAAGAUUAAGCUAAAGAGACAGCCCAGUUUCUGGCUGGGGCCAAAGCUGACUUUCAGCCUGGAGCUAUCCCUGUUACAGCAGAUUGUGGCUGGAGAGAAGACUUGGCCUUAAAGGGGAGAGAUGGGUGCACACCCAUAGCAUUUGCUUUCUGCCUUCCAAAGGACUCUAGACUGAUAAGUCCAGGAAAGACCAGAAAGUACUUAGCACACAGCCAACUGAUGGAGAAGGUCUAUGACAAACUGAGAUACCUGGGAGAUUUCCUUGGGAUUUCCUCAGUGGCUACACCUAAGCCUUGGGGCACAAGUCUGGACUGGAGGGUGGGAGAGGGAAUAUAAGGCCCCUGGUACCAAAAGUUCAAGAUAGGUGACAUCUGGGCUAUGGUCACCUUCAAGAAAGCACCCAAGCUCUUUCCUUACAAUGUCCACAUCAAAGAUCCCUUCAUCUAUCUCAGACUUCUUGGGGUUUAAAAAAAAAAAAAAAGGCCCCUUCAAAUGUGAAGUGCCCUGUCUAGCCCUGGGCCGACCCUUCACCAGGAUGUGAUCAGAAAACCUGAAGAUCCUGGAGAAAAAACUCCAGGGAGGGACCUUCAUGCCUCACCCUGGACAGAAGGGAGGAGAGGUUCGAAUUUUCAGCCUGGAGCAUGGCUAGUCCCUAAUUUGGAAACUGAAGGCCCUCCUGAUUGUUGAAGCAGCCCUGCAGCAGAAAGGGCUGCCCAAAGAAAGGCAUAAGCCCUAGAGAGUGGCUGACUCUAGAGUAGAAGACUGCAUUAAGACAAGGGCUGGAUUAGUGCAUUAUGACUUAGCUUGUUUCAAAUACAGAGCAGGACUUGCAGAUUGAGACCAGGAGUGGGAAAUUCUUCAAGGAGCCGGGGGCACUAAACUCAGAAGCAUACCCCGACCCUAGGCAGUUCCCAGCUUCCAGGAAAGGACUGGAUAAAGAUCAAUAGAAGCUUUGCAUUGCGGGGAGUGGGGAAAGAAGGGAGUGAUGGCUGGGUAUGGGAUUAGAAGGGAAGGCUAUAGCUGGAGAGUGGGAUGGAGGAGGUGUAGGAGUUGGACGUGAGGGUGUUACUGAACCCAGGUAGGGAGUGGGGAUGUUCCUCCAGGCCCAGGAAGGAGGCUGGAAUUUGAGUAGAACAAAGAUGUAAUCGAGUCUUGAGUCUAAUGUCUCAACAAGUCAAGGACUGUAUCUGGAGACCCCCAGGUCCCUGCUGGCAAGAGGUUAGCAUUCCUGGAAGAGGACUAGGCAAAAACAGGAAGGUGAGAUUUACUAGGCCUUUUACCUGUUUUGACAACAGCAACCUAGCACCAAAGAGCUUUUAUCUUCCUUUCUUAUCUACCCCACCUUUCCUCCCUGUCUCAUCAGCCUGGGGAAAGCUGCCCAACCUCAGCAACUCCAAAGCACCCUUACACUCAUAUACCCAUAGCCACAUAUUCACACUCAUAUACCUUUCCCCAGUUUCUCUGAAUGUGGCUGACCUCAGCCAAGAUGCCACCUUAGCAUCCACCUGGAUGACGUUCCUCAGUAGCUUGUCUGAGAGUGGCCUUCCAAGAAGGGCCUGCUCUAGGGACCCAUUCCCAUCAGUUUCUCCUGAUAAGACAGGCAGGCCAGGGCAGGAAGUGGGGAGAAGAUGAAGGCAAGCUGUGCUGGCUUGUCCUCUGCUCCCACCCCACCCACAACUCCCCCAUCAGAAUCUGUGUGUGCUAGUGUGAAUUUACAUGUAAUUCGAUGACUGUGAAAACACAACUGGGUGGGAAUGGGACUUUGAGUAUAACUGGGGCUCUAUAAUUUUGUCUAUGGUUGUCUGAUCAUGAGUAUGACUUUGUGAGGUUGACCAAGUAAUCAAGGAGUGAAUGUGUGGCUACAGGUAUAUGAGUGUGAAUGUCUAUCAUUAGAUGCCACUGUGGAUGCCUGACUGCCCUUACUCUCUGUUCCAUCAGUCCCUACAUCACACACUAAUCCUUCCCCCAGCUUGGCUGCCCAGAGCUUAGGAGCCCAUGGGAAAUGGCAGUCCAAGAUGAAGAAGGGGUCUGUGGCAACAGGCUAAGAAUUAGGGGCCAGAAGUGUCACAGGAUAUGCAAUACAUCUCCAACUGCCUCUGACUCACCUAGUGCCCCAGGUAAAAGACACACACAUAAAAGGUAGGGGAGGAGGAGGAGAAAGAAGGAAGAAUCUAGGCUGAGCAGCAUGAAGGGACCCUCAACCUUCUGUAGCCUCCUGCUACUGUCACUGCUCCUGAGCCCAGACCCUAGAGCAGCAUCAAUACUGCCACCCAGCACUAGCUGCUGUACUCAACUCUACCGAAAGCCACUCUCAGACAAGCUACUGAGGAAGGUCAUCCGGGUGGAACUGCAGGAGGCUGAUGGGGACUGUCACCUCCAGGCUUUCGUACUCCACCUGGCUCGACGCAGCGUCUGCAUCCACCCCCAGAAUCGCAGCCUGUUUCGGUGGUUUGAGCAGCAAGAGAAAAGGCUCUAGGGGACUCUGCCAAACCUGAACCUAGGGAAAAUGGGCUGAAGCCCCCAGUAGCAAAAAUAAUAAAGCAACAUUGGAUGAUAAUCUCUAA